CUUUCUAGUAGCGCACUGGAGGGCGGCCGGUGCACGACGACGCGCCGACGACGUGACCACCUGGGAGACGUGUGUGCGACGGGCGCAGAUCGUAAAUCGAGAGUGGCCACGGCGCUCUACUUGAAUAUCAGAAUAAUUGGAGAAGGAGAACACGUCAUGACAAACCAUGUAAAGCAACCAUGAGCCAUGUUGUGGAGGAGCAGCUGGGGAGCCUUGAUGUGGCUCACCGGACUGCUCGGACUGUCGAAUGCCUUACCGCCAGUUGUCAAAAUAGGAGCGAUAUUUACAGAGGACCAGAAAGACGGACCGACCGAACUUGCGUUCAAAUACGCCGUCUACAAAAUAAAUAAGGACAAGGCUUUGCUCCCUUACACGUCUCUGGUGUACGAUAUCCAGUACGUGCCACGGGAUGACAGUUUCCACGCAAGCAAGAAAGCAUGCAAUCAAGUCCAGCACGGCGUCCACGCCGUUUUCGGACCGUCGGACCCGCUGCUCGGCGCCCACAUCCACUCCAUAUGCGACGCCCUCGACAUACCCCAUUUGGAAGCCCGACUGGACCUCGAAACGGACGUCCGGGAAUUCUCGAUAAAUCUGUAUCCGGCGCAGCAUCUUCUCAAUACCGCCUUUCAGGACGUCAUGACCUUCCUUAAUUGGACCAAAGUCGCCAUCAUUUACGAGGAGGAUUACGGUCUAAUAAAGCUCCGGGAGCUGGUCAGGUCGCCGCACAACCGUGAUUUCGAAAUCCACCUACGGCAAGCGGAUCCCGAGUCUUAUCGGGCCGUGCUCAAAGAGAUCAAGAGCAAGGAGAUACACAACAUAGUGAUCGACACCAAGCCCUCGAACAUGCAGCACUUUCUCAAAGGGAUUCUGCAGCUGCAAAUGAACGAUUACAAGUACCACUAUCUGUUCACUACGUUCGAUAUCGAAACAUUCGACCUGGAGGAUUUCAAAUACAACUUCGUCAACAUGACCGCCUUCCGUGUCGUCGAUCUGGACGAUUUGGUUGUUAAGGAUGUGCUCAGAGAUAUGGAAAAGUUCCAAGCCAACAUCGAAGCUCAGGCAAUAAAUUCGUCUUUCAUCGAGGCUGAGGCGGCAUUGAUGUACGACUCUGUUUUCGUGUUCGCCAUCGGUCUGCAGACGCUGGAACAAUCGCACACCCUCAAGUUGUCCAACGUGUCCUGCGACAAAGAACAACCCUGGGACGGCGGGCUUAGCCUCAUUAAUUACAUUAAUGCGGUCGAGUUCAAAGGUUUGAGCGGACCGAUCGAGUUCAAGGAAGGGCACCGUAUCAAAUUCAAAUUGGACCUGCUGAAGCUGAAGCAGCACGCGCUGGUCAAAGUUGGCGAGUGGCAUCCGGGCGCCGGUGUUAAUAUCACCGAUAGGGAAGCGUUCUUCGAUCCCGGAACUAUGAAUGUUACGCUGGUGGUUACGACGAUAUUGGAAAUCCCGUACAUGAUGAUGCACAUGGGCAAAAACUACACGGGCAACAGCCGCUUUUACGGUUUCUGCGUCGACAUCCUGGACCGAAUAUCCAAAGAAGUGGGAUUCGAUUAUCUCAUAGAUUUAGUGCCAGACAGGAAAUACGGUGCAUGCGAUCCGGAGACCGGCUUAUGGAACGGCAUGGUCUUGCAGCUCAUGCAGCAUAAAGCCGACCUAGCAGUAGGAUCGAUGACUAUUAACUAUGCCAGAGAGAGCGUUAUCGACUUCACGAAGCCCUUCAUGAAUUUGGGUAUUAGCAUUCUUUUUAAGGUUCCUACAGAUAAAGAAUCUGCUUUUUUCUCGUUCCUGAAGCCACUUGGAUUUGAUAUAUGGAUAUUUGUGACUGGGGCCUUUUUCAUGUCCAGCUUCACUCUAUUUACUUUAGCUAGAUUUACUCCCAACGAGUGGGUAAAUCCAAUGCCUUGGAAAAAGAACGGCUUAUUGGUUAAUCAGUUGUCCAUGAACAACAGCUUUUGGUUUGUCACUGGCACGUUACUGCGACAAGCUUCGGGAGUCAAUCCCCAGGUGCCCACUAGUCCACAGGCGAGACUGUUCUCGUUCAUGAACCCAUUGGCAAUGGACAUAUGGUUGUACGUUCUGUCCGCGUACGUUCUGGUAUCCAUAACCAUGUUCGUGGUCGCGAGGUUCUCACCUUACGAGUGGCACAAUCCCCACCCAUGCGACAUUGAGAACGAAGUGGUCAAAAACCAGUUCUCAAUGGCGAACUCCUUUUGGUUCACCAUUGGCACGCUGAUGCAACAGGGUUCCGACUUAAAUCCAAAGGCCACAUCGACGAGAAUUGUGGGAGGUAUAUGGUGGUUUUUUACUCUAAUUAUAAUUUCAUCGUACACCGCCAAUCUGGCGGCAUUCCUAACAGUGGAACGGAUGAUUACACCCAUUGAAAAUGCGGAAGAUCUUGCCGGCCAAACCGAUAUAUCAUACGGAACACUGGAGAGCGGAUCAACAAUGACCUUUUUCAGGGAUUCCAUGAUAGAAACCUACAAAAAAAUGUGGCGUUUCAUGGAAAAUCGAAAGCCAUCGGUGUUUGUGCCGACGUACGAGGAAGGCAUCCAAAGGGUGCUGGACGGAAACUACGCCUUCCUUAUGGAGUCCACGAUGCUGGACUUUGUCGUACAAAGAGACUGUAAUUUGACACAAAUUGGUGGCUUGUUGGACUCGAAAGGUUACGGAAUUGCGACACCGAUGGGAAGUCCCUGGAGGGACAAGAUCUCGUUGGCCAUUUUGGAGCUGCAAGAAAAGGGGGAGAUACAAAUGUUGUAUGAUAAAUGGUGGAAAAAUACGGGGGAAACUUGCUCAAGGAACGAGAAAGGCAAAGAAUCAAAGGCUAAUUCACUUGGGGUGGACAACAUUGGGGGUGUAUUUGUAGUUCUUUUGUGUGGACUAGCUUUUGCUGUCAUAAUAGCAAUAUUCGAGUUCUGCUACAACUCCAAAAAGAACGCAAUUACUGAAAAAAGGUUAACCAGUGCUCCACAUCAAUCGCUGUGCUCAGAGAUGGGUGGAGAAUUGUGCUUCGCCUUAAGAUGUAGAGGGUCAAGGCAAAGACCGGCGUUGAAGAGGCAAUGUUCCAAGUGUUUGCCCGGUGUUACUUAUGUUCCAGCCCUCCUGGAUAUACCACCUCACCCACCGCAACCUCCUCAAAGGGCUCCACCCACCAACGGUCUCUCCCCCAGAUUGCAUCGCCAGGACAUACCCUACAGGGAACCUCUGCAGUUGCAAAUUGAACGACACUCGCCAACUCGACAGAUUGACUUCAAUUAGAGUACUUAAGUAUUAAACUUUACUUGUUAAUUAAAUUAUAAGUAACGGUGUAAUAUGUAAGAGAAUUUUAUACAAUGUUUUCAGUGACUAAUUAGAUUUUCUUUCAAGUGCAUCGUGGAAAUUAUAUACACAAGUAAAUCUAUUGACUUUUACACACGAUUUUGUUAACUCGAAAGUACAUAUAUAGUGGAUUUUAAAGACAGGCUUGUAAAUAUGCACGUCUUUUAUAGCUGUGUCUAGAUGUUUUAAAAUAAAAUAUGAUAAGUA